AAAUACAUUGCGUUGGAUACACAUAAAGUCAAUGUGAAUAAUGUUAGAAAGAACCCACAGGGAUUAUGACUUACAUCCAACUUGUUAUCCAUACUCUUCACACAAAUGGGUUGAUGAACUUAUAACUGCUUCUACAGAAUUGGCGAAAAAACUCAAAAAGAAAAACAAAGAGGAGAGGUUGCCAUGUUUGAAUCUAGGAACGAAUAGCGACAAGCAUGAGAAAAAGAAGUGUUCAAAAAUUUCAACAUGGAACACGGAGAAUCGUUUUCGCUUCAAAGUUUUAGACAUGUCGCAACGGCCUGUCGAAAGACCGCCAUUUUUAGUCACAACUCUGGACCCCAGGAAACACAAUCCUCAAUCUAAACAGAUAUUUCAUAUACACAGAAUAAACGCUAAGCCUGUUUGCAAGGUGCAUACCUGGGUGGAAGAUAAAAUGGAUGUUAAUGAAGACGGCGGGAAAACCACUUACAAGUCGUCGUACAAGCUGAAGUCUCCGUCCGCGGACAGACAACCUCCUAUAAAGUCAAAAGACAAAGAAACAAUGGCGCACGGCAUUGUUCCUUUUGAUCAACCUGCUGAUUCUUGUAAUGUCAGAGAGGAGAUGCUACUCCCAAUAUGCGAAACUACAAACAUUCCCUCUGCACCCCACCCACACAAGUACCUGCUACGGAAGAAGAAGGCGCCACCUUGUUUUGAUGAGGCCGGAGUGUUUUACGACCCGGAGGAUGGACAUUCUCUCCCUGAAUUUCCAUAUAAAGAAAUGAGACUUCAUCGGGAAUCUACAAUGCCAGAUAGAGUGUGUAUUUCCAGUCUACAAGGAAUGGAAUUUUCAAGAAAAAGAUACAUACCGCCUCCAUGUGGAUCAUUUUCAGUUGCAUAUUUUGAUGGUGGACCUCCCUCUAAUAAAGGAAGCGGAUUCAAUGAAAAAUACAUUCCAUUUCUGCGUGUUAAAACAAUCAUAUAGAUAUUUUAACUAGGUUUUUUUUAAUGAAAUGUAAAACACGACUCACCGUCUGUCAGUAACGAUUCUCUUGCUUAAAAAGGUGAGAGUGUUGCAUUGUAAAACAUCGAUUGCAUACUACGGCUUUUUAUGAGGUAGUCUUUAAUUGCUAGUUUUUAAACUAGCAAAACUUUUACUGUAAUGAACUACCGCAAAGUAAAUGUAUUGUUAGUCGGUGACAUCGACAGUGUUGUUUUUCACAAUUUUGUUCACGAUCUUCUUGGUUAGAAAUUGGUUGCAUAUCAUAUAUUAAAAGUGAAUAUUUUCG